AUGGUGUUCGGAAAGUCGACACGAUCAAUAUUUCCUUUACUACCACCAUACGGGGCACACAACCCAGUAGAUGGGCGGAUUAUCCCAUCUCAUCCAGAUGGCCUCACACCAUAUCUCGGCUUAAGGGCCCGACUGUCGCAGGUUUGGAUCAAUCGCUGGACGAUCUUGAUCUUGCUUGUGCUUGUUCGACUCUUGUUAGCAAUCGGCAGCAUACGCAGCGAUAUGGCGAGUGCCAAACGCGAAGCCCUUUCUGCCUGUACCUCUGUUGAAUCCAUGGGUAGUGCUAUGGCGUCGAUGCCAUAUUACCUCGCCGGGGGAGUUAAUGAGAUGGUGGCUGCCGGUGUCACGGAUGCAGUGAGUGGGUUGAACACCAUGCUCGACUUGGCUCUCACUGCCGCCGAAGAGAUCAUAAUCUUCGUUCUUAAAAUGAUGUACCAGACCUACCUCUGUCUGAUCACCUUGGCUGUUCGAGGCGUGGUGGAAGUGGCAACGGUGCUGAUCGAGGAUGUUGUGGACGGACUGAACGCAACGAUCAAGGCCGCGGAGGCUGAUAUAACAAGUGUCGUCAAAACCUUUGAAAGCGCUUUGGAUGACGUGAUCGACGUUAUCAACGACCUAGGCGCUUCGGUCCCCACCUUAAAUCUCAACAGUUCUCUCGCUGAGUUGAACAGCUGGUCUAUUCCUUCAUCUGUCGACACGAGUAUCAGCAAGCUCAACAACUCAAUCCCCAGCUUUACUACCAUAGAGAAUUUCACUGAGACAGUCAUCAAGACGCCCUUUGAGGAUGUCAAGAAACUACUCAACAGUUCCUUGGGUAGCUACACUUUCGACAGCUCUGUGCUUUCUGUCCCCGCGAAGAAAUCUUUGACAUUUUGUGACAACAGCGACGGAAUAAAUAGCUUCUUCGAUGGGGUCACCGACAUUGCCAUUCUUGCUAGGAAGAUAUUUAUCAUCGUCUGCAUCAUCGCGGCUGUCUUGGCCUGUAUCCCCUCCGCGUACCAAGAAAUUCGGCGUUGGCGUCACAUGAAGGAGCGUGCACAACUUGUCCGCAAGGAAGCUCAUGAUCCUAUGGACGUAGUUUACAUUGUCUCCCGACCAUACACUGCAGCUGCCGGUAUCAAAGCAGCAAGCCGAUUUAGCAACAGUCGGCGGCAAAUCAUCGUCCGGUGGACUGUUGCAUAUGCAACCUCUCUGCCAGCGCUCUUUGUUCUCGCCCUCGGCCUCGCCUCCCUGUUGGCCUGUCUGUUUCAAUGGAUUAUUUUACAUGAGAUCUCGAAGGAAGUACCAGCUCUUAGUGCUGAAGUUGGGGAGUACGCCGAAAAGGUGGUAUCGGCUUUACAAAAUGCCUCAACUGAGUGGGCGGACACUGCGAACAACUACAUCACCAACUUCGAUACGGAGGUAAAUACUGAUGUUCUGGGAUGGGUCAACACAACCACAACAGCCGUUAACUCUACCCUGAACGUCUUCGUGGACAAGGUGACUGUGGUCCUCAACGAUACAUUUGGAGACACAGUCCUCAAGGAUGCAAUCGAAGAUGUAUUCAACUGUCUGAUUGGUCUGAAAAUUGCAAGUUUCGAAAAGGGUUUAACUUGGGUCUCUGACAACGCCCACAUUAGCAUUCCGCUAUUCCCCACCGACGUCUUCUCCAAGGGCGCAAAUGCAAGCAUCACAAACGGCACUUCUGAUGAUAGCUUCCUCUCUGACGCGGGCGAUGAAACUUCCAACAAAAUAACCGAGGUUGUCGACGAUGCGAUCGCCGCACUUCAGGCUGCUCUCCGUCAAGAAACUAUUAUCGCUGCUGCUGUCUUUCUUGUCUGGGUUAUUAUCGUUAUGUGUGGUGUAUGUCGCGCAAUGUUCUUAUGGUGGGGCCACGAUCGUACCCGUGGUGAUGGAGGUGGUCAUGCCCUUGACCCAGUACCUAACAACCCGCCACCACCACCACCUGAUUCUCGUGGUUUCACUGACGUGCCUCUCACUUCUAUGCCGAAGGCAGCCUCUGGGAGUGCGGCUCCGGCUCCAGCUCCCAGAUAUGAGGCUCGUGCAGCGAGUGCUGUAGCCAUACAGGCUGAUCCGUUUCAUGAUGCUCACGCCUUCCCCGACGAGAAACAUGGAUUUGCUGGUCAGAGAACGGCUUUGCAGGUUGACUCUGCGGCAGCGUUGAGGCACAGCAAUUGUGUGGAGUAUGAUGUCAAGGGGUGA